AUGCCCUCUGAAACAGAGCCUCUCCUCCCUCGCUACGAAGAUGACACCUCGCGCCAACGCCGUCUCCACCAGAAGCUCCAUAGCUACCAGAUGAUCCGCGCCAUCUCUGAGGGGUAUAUGCCAACAACCGAACAGACGAUUGCAAAUCUCCGCACCCUUUUGGCUUCUGAUGUGCUCAACCUCCAGAACCAGGACAUCGGCAGCGUCGGUCGCCAGCUAGUGCGGGACAGUCGACUGUGGAUCCAGGUCUUCAUCGAAUUCCUGCAGGAGAAAAAUAGCCAAGACCAGCUCCAGGAGUUCCUGUGGCACCUGGCCCGUUCGCGAGUCGAGGUGGAUAGUGAGAGGGUUUCGAGGCAGGCUGCCCACGUGAAGGCCCGGGCUGAUACCAAAGCUGCAUACGAUAGCUUCCGUACUGUUGGUGGUCUCCUGUUGACCAAUGCCGAUUUCCGUCUUUUCGUCGAUGACAUCGUCACUGUCGGCCGACAGAUCUUCGCCGACACGGCUGAAUCCCUCGCUGAAACUUCCAAGCAUGUCGCGGAACAAGUCAAACCGUCCGAGGCAGAGGCGCAGGCUUUACAGGGUGCUGGAGCCGAUGAAGGCCAUGAUCUGUCGAAGGAUGAGGUGAGGAAGGAAGUUGCGCAGGUGACGGAUGCUGCUGGCGAUGCUGUCGCGCAAACGAGUCACGAUGCUCUGCAAAGUGCCAAGGAGCACCUCUCCGGCCAAGAGAGGGAUACUCUGCUGCACCGGCUGAAGAAGGCUGUUAUGAAGCUCCGUGAGAGAACGGACUAUUCUGACUCGGUGUCGACACUCGCUCAGUUGAUUGGGCGUUAUGCUAAGAUCUAUGCGGAUGUAGCAGAGAAUGCUGCAUCGGUCGCUCAAGAAGACAUGGAAGUCAAUUCUGACCUCAAACAAGCGGUCGAUCAAUUCUGGAUUCUCUUACGGUCCUUCGGUAAUGCCGAAGAGUGGGAUCGCCUUCAGGAGAAAUUCCACAACGUCCUGCGCCAUGCAAACAAGGAUCCCGAGUUCGAUAAUCUACUAGGAGAGGUCGGAACUUCGCUACAGGACAUGCUCACCAACCCGGACUUCUUCGACUCGGCCCCACAAAAGCUCGACGAACUUAAGCAACAAACUGAGAAGGUAGGAUCGGAGACGGGCCUGCGAAAGGAUGUGGACGAGUUCCUAGCUCAGACUAGACGCACACUUCGGACUGUGCCCGAGGACAAAGCUGUGGUCAAGUUGACCAAUGCCACUAAGAAAGUCUACCAGCAUGCCUGGACAGCCUACAACGAUAAGAAGGCCGAUCUCCCCGCAGACUUAGUUAACGUCUUUCUCCCGGUGCUUCUCCGGACGCUCCAAUACAUUCCUAUUCCGCGUCUGGAAAUUUCCGCCCCGGAGAUGGAUCUGCUUCUCGAGAACCUAAUCCUCGAACCCGGCCACACAGUGCAUUUCUCCUCCUUCCUCCCCUACCGCAUGCACCUGCUCACGCGCAAUGACAUCGACGUGGUAAAAACCCACUCGAAGCGCACAGAAACACUUAUCAAAACAGCGUUUACACUCACCGUCCAAGGCCUGAACAUCAGCGCCGAAGACUUUGGCUACUGGUUCCGCACCCAUGCAGGGCUGUUCCGCCUCAAAGAUCAGGGUAUCGCAAGCUUCUUCCUGGACCGCCGCGGCAUCGACAUAUCCCUCGAUAUCGAGGUCGGCCGCGGCCGGCUGGAGCAGAUCUUCUCAUUGCGCGGCGUGCGCGUCGUCAUUCACAAACUUGAUUACACCAUCAAGCGCAGCAAGUGGUGGUUUCUUCUCUGGCUGACAAAGCCCUUCCUGAAACAUCUCGUUCGACGCGUACUGGAGAAGAAAAUUGCGGAACAGAUAGUGGCGGCGGCCUUUGCAGCGAAUCGCGAGCUUGUUUUUGCCCGUGAACGGCUGCGUGCAGCUCGCAUCGCUAACCCGCAGGAUCUGGCGACAUUCGUGAGGGCUGUCCUCGCCCGCCUCAAACCUGGUCCCUCGGAUGUCGAGGCGAGAGUCGGGUUUGAGCCACAGGAUGAGGGUGUCUUCAAGGGUGUCUACGCUCCCGGUAGCAUUGUCAAGACGUGGCAUCAGGAGGCUACACGUGCGCAGGAGGCUAUUGAGGAGGGAGAUGAGUCCCGUGGACUUGGCCUCAGUUGGCACAAUGAUAUCUUUAAUGUUGCUGGGCGCAACUGA